AUGACAUUUUGGCACGUAUUUCCAUCACCACCAACAGGCAAUAAUCGUCAUAUCGAACUUGCCGGUACCGAUCUAUGGAUUACAGGAUCUAUUAAUAAUGUAUUUGUAUAUCCGUCAGGUUUGAAUAUCGAUAAAUUCAAAGAAACACUUAGUCGAACUCUCUCCUUGUGGCCAUUUAUCGCUGGUCGUUUUCUAGUACUCGACAAUGAGCAUUACAUAAUUGAAAUGUCCGAUAAUGCCAUUCCACUCUCAUUCAUCGAAAAUAUUGAUCUUACAAAAUGGCCUCUUGAUUCGAACGUUGUAGUUGACAAGAAUUCAAAUCAACUUCAACCAUUUUUAGAUGAAGUAAAAACUACAAAAUUAAUAGGUGGUUCUCAGGAUGAACCACUUUUCCGUUUGAAACUUACUCAUAUUGUACAAAGUGGAGAAUGGAUAAUGGGUGCAAGUUGGUCACAUAUCUUAGGAGAUGCUGAUGGUUUUUUACAGUUUUUAAAAACGAUUUCACAUUUAUAUCAAAACAUGGAACCACCUAAACCAAUACCUGUCUUCGAAAGACAAUUAUGGUUUGACAACGAAGUCGAUGAAUUUCUUUUACCUGAUAUAAAAGAAUUCUUAGAUGAUGAUCAAAUGAAAACAGAUUGUACAAACAAUCCAAUAACAUAUGUUCAACUCAAUAUUUGUUUUUCCGGAGAACAACUCAAAACAUUACGUAAAUUGAUCGAUGAUCAACAUGUGAGUACUCAAGAUGUCCUGAGUGCUUACAUUAUUCUUAUACUUAAUAAUCAUUGUACACAAAAUAACGAGCAACUAAUUGUACGUACAAAUACAAUUAUUAAUUAUCGUAAUGAAUCCAAUCCGUUUGGACCACUUGGUCUUAUUGCAAAUGCUGUUUUAAUGCCAUUAUCUGAUUGUUUUGAAGACCCAACAUCUCUAUCAAGUAUUGCCAAAACUAUUCGUCAUUCAAUUAAUCAAUCUCGUAAUAUCGAAUUCGUUAAACAUUGGGUAGCCACUGCUGAUAAAGUAAUGCAAACAAUAAUACGCGAGAAUCGACUUCCUAAAAUGUCAACUUUUAAAGAUCGAAUUGUACUUAAUUCUAAUUUUCGAUAUGAUUGGGCGAAUCUCGUUGAUUUUGGUCAUACAAAUAAAUGUCGAUUUUAUACAACAUGGACUCGUGCAUUGUAUCUUCGUAUAUUUCGUCUCAAUCCAAUAUAUGAUGGCACUCGAUGGAUGGGAAGAGAUGAAAAUGGAGCUGAAGUAGCCUUUCGUAUUGAAGAAAAUAAGAAGAAAAAAUUUAUCGAUACAUGGCAGAAAGAUAUUGCCGAAAAUUUUAUUAAUAUAAAACUAUAA